AGCAUUCGAGUUGCUAAGCUAGAGCAUAUAGCGAGCAAGCAGUAUCGAGCAAGCAGUAUGCAAGCAGCGUGCGAGAAGCGUUCAGAAGAGAUUCAAAGCAUUCGAGUUGCUAAGCUAGAGCAAAUAGCAAGCAAGCAGUAUGCAAGUAGCGUGCAAGAAGCGUUUAGAAGAGAUUCAGAGUAUUCGAGUUGCUAA